AUGCGGCUGCUCAACGCUCACACCGGCCAGCUAGUGGAAUUCCACCCAGGCAACAUUCCGUCUUAUGCAAUCCUCUCGCACACGUGGGGCGUGGGCGAGAUCACCUUCGCAGACAUUCAUCAGCACAAUGUGAAGAAACGUGCUGCUUACAUCAAGAUCAAGUACGCGUGCGAAACGGCCAUCCGAAAAGACCUCGACUACGUGUGGGUCGACACCUGCUGCAUCGACAAAAGCAGCAGCGCCGAACUUUCCGAGGCUAUCAACUCCAUGUUUCGCUGGUAUAGAGACGCCAAAGUCUGCUUCGCUUACCUGGAGGACGUCGACACCCUGGGCCGCUUAGGCCCCCGAGCCUUGGAGAAGAGCCGAUGGUUCACUCGAGGCUGGACCUUGCAGGAACUUCUGGCACCUGACAAUAUAUUGUUCUUUGGCAAGUCUUUCGCCUUUCUUGGCACGAAAGACGACCUGUCUGAGCGUGUCGCCGCAAUCACCCGAAUUCCAAAGGCUGUCAUUCAAGGCAAGAAGCAGUACAGCGAAUACAGCGUGGCGGCACGAAUGUCCUGGGCCUCACGACGGUCCACCACCAGACCUGAGGACAUGGCCUAUAGUCUGCUAGGGAUCUUUGGCAUCAACAUGCCUCUUUUAUAUGGCGAGGGUGCUGGUGCAUUCGUCAGGCUCCAGGAGGAAAUUGCGAAGGUCACCGAAGACCACACAAUAUUGGCAUGGCACUUUCGUCAGACCGGUUAUAGGGCCUUGCCUGAUACUUUUGCGGCCAGCCCCGCGGAUUUCCACGAUGUUCAGUCUUUUGUCCCGGUGCGUCUCAGAGCCGAUGGGGAUCCAUUCACGGUCACAGCACGUGGACUGCGUAUCCAGUUACCCUUUAUUCGCAGAGACUCUGCCUACAUUGGAAUCUUGUCAUGCGUGGAUGAGAGGAACCCAAUGGAAUUGGUCGGGCUUGCUCUGGAAUAUGGCGAAAAUUUGGACUCUCACAUUAUAAAUAAAGGAGUCAGGCUCAAUCGAAAAGAGAUCCAAAACGAUGUCAUUUCGGUGAGGACUGUCUACAUCAGGAAGAGUAGGACGCUUGGUUGGACAGCUUCGGUAACAUAUGAUUCAGGGUGGACGUGUUUCAUUCGAGACACGUUGGGAACCCAGACCGCGUUCCAACUUCCCGACCAAAUGUACCGUGAAGGGUGGAAGAAAGAGUACGGCGUUUGGUUCCAACCUCUUGGGUGGGGCCAAUCUUUUCGACUGCUUUACCAUCACCCCGUACACGGGAAGGUCGAAAUCUGUCUCAGCAUUUACUAUCUGCUAGAGGACCGAAUGCCGACACCGCAUGUUCCUAUAAAGUUACCAGCUGACCCAAGACCCACAUUUGCUCCAGAGUUUCCUGGCAAUCGUGUUUACAUCGAGAAUGCGCAGCUGCCAAUUGGCCUGAAGCUUGAGCUCAAGUUCAUAGCCGACACUUUGGACCGAGAUAAAUGGUGGCUUGAAGUCAAGAGAGACGAGUCGACUCUCUUUGAAGAAAAGGUGCAGCGGGAGAUCGAAGUAGGAGCGGCUUGA